AUGGAUCUGAAACGGAGUGUGCCGAAGCCGCCUCCAUAUCAACCCUCGCGCUGGCGACAGGCUGCUCGCUGGGGCCUUUCACUCAUUGCCGCAGCCGUGACCCUGUUGGCAUGGCCUCCGCGGUCGUUUUUGACCAGUCCGGUUCCUGCGUCGGUGCCUUUUAGCUGGGACCAAGUCACUCCCUCGCAGUCGCUGGAAUACCACGACUGCGGGGAUGGCCUUCAAUGCGCCCGACUGCAGGUGCCGAUGGAUUACAACCGAACCGAUGGUCGUCAAUUCGCCUUGGCGGUGGCUCGAUUGCCAGCCAAAGUCCCCGUCACAGAUCCUCGGUAUGGCGGGGCUGUUUUGAUCAAUCCAGGCGGCCCUGGUGGCCCCGGAACCCUCUCGGCGUUCCUAUCAGGUCACAAUCUGCAAACCAUUGUAGAUGCAGAAACCGCCCCUGGUGUGACACCCGAAGACACCGGUGACAAGUACUUCGAUAUCAUUGGGUUUGAUCCUCGCGGCGUGGGUGCCUCCACACCCGCAGUCAUCUGCUUCCCCAAUCCUAUGUCCCAGCGGAAUUGGGAACUGCAGAUGGAAACAGAGGGCAUGCUGGGCAGUGGAUUGGAAGCACUGCAGAGGAAUUGGCAGCGUGCACAGGCGCUGAACCAAGGUUGUUCCACCACGGAUCUAACUGGUGCUAAAGACGACGAGGCCUUUACUGCCUACCUCAACACGCCGCUCGUUGCGCAGGAUAUGGUGACUCUUGUCGAGCGCCAUGGCGAGUGGCGGGGAAAGCAAGGCCAGAAGGCCCGGUCGGGCGCCGACGGCCGUUAUAGUCUUGAUAAGACGCGCGCGAUCGCAGAACGAACCCAAUGGCGCCGGGGCGAAGAGCCGCUCUUGUACUGGGGCCGGUCGUAUGGCACGGUGCUGGGCGCUACGUUUGCUGCUUUAUACCCUGAUCGUGUUACACGGGCUGUGCUCGACGGGGUCGUCGACAUGGAAACGUACUAUGAAGGCAAAGGACCCAACCCGGUGGUGGACGCAGAUGCUGUCUUCCAUCAAUUCGGGCAUUUCUGCAAUGCAGCCGGUCCGACAGGCUGCCCAUUCUAUAUCGAGGGAGGCCCCGACGCAAUUCAGAAUGCCUAUCGGGAUCUGGGAGCCCAGCUGCUCAACGCCUCUAUGCCGGUGAUGGCAUCGGCGACUCAUGGGCCCGAGGUCGUCACCUGGACUGACCUGAAGGUGAUUGAGCGAAUCGCAGUCUAUCAGCCACUCUUGGUGUUUCCCAUUUUGGCCGAGAUGAUAGCCGAACUGGCCAAAGGCAACGCCGGACCCAUUGCAGAUUUCAAGCAUCGCCGUCACUUUGGCGUGUGUCCCUCGAGCGAAUGCAGUCGCGCAGGUCCUUGGUCGCCUUCGUGCGCUCGGGCGCAGAACAACGAGUUAUAUGCCAGCGCUGCAAUCCUUUGUAGCGAUGCAGAUCACCUGGCUGACCCAAGUAUCGAAGAGUUCCAAGCAAAGUGGGAUAGUCUCAAAGUCGACAGUGCGUCUCUAGGUGACUACUGGGCCCACAUUCACUUGAGCUGUGUUGGAUGGAAGGCCAAAGCGAAGUCCAAGUUCUUGGGUCCAUGGGGUGGCACAACGGCACAUCCGAUGCUAUUUGUGUCAACCACAUUGGACCCAGUGACUCCUCUGCGCAGUGCGCAAAAAAUGUCGAGUCACUUCCCUGGAUCAGCCCUGUUGGAGCAACGUUCAGAAGGCCAUACCUCAGUCACUGCGCCAUCGGUCUGUAUAGCAAAGUCCAUUCGUAGCUACUUCCAGACUGGCGCUUUGCCUAAAUCCGGCACGCUCUGUGAAGCCGAUCUCAAACCACUGGUCGGCAUACCAGACCAGUCGCGUAUUCAAGAUUUCAGUUCUGCUGAUCGUGAACUGUUCGAGGUGUUGAUGGCGGAGGUGGAGCGUUCACCAUGGACUUGA